GAUUAGCACUGGGCCAUACCUGACAUAAAGGAAACUACUCGUCGUUAUCUCUUUAUAUUUGCAAAAUUGAUAUUGAAUCGGAAUGUAUCGUGAUUAAAUGUUUUAAACAGGGUGAACGCCUUUACGGAUAAUUGGAGUAUGCACCAAUUUCGAGUUUAACAGGUUUAAGUAUCUUAUUUCGUAUAGCCGAAGUACUGAAACUUGAUUUUACAAAUGGAAAGUAGAUAUCAUUGAAAAAAUUAAAAUAAAUUUUCUUUAAAAGUCUCAAAACUCUUUAAAAUGAGAACAAAGCAAGGAUAGUGUGAUUACCGAACUGUUUGAUAUACGGGACUUAAGGUUGUUCGAGAAAUUGGGGAAAAAGAAUCAUACGACUUUACAAAAGGAAAUGUAAUAUACAACACAUGUGAACGUUGAUCUAUUGAAGUAUAUUUUUUCAUGCACAUUUUACUACCUGAAACGUCCAUCAAAGGAAUAUGCGAGUUCAUGACAACAAAUGGAAACCAGCGGAGUAAAUUACGUGUUUAAGUGUGUCAUUGUCGGGGACAGCCAUGUGGGGAAGACCACCCUGCUAGGGCGGUACAUGGGUGAACCCUCUACUUCCGGAAGGGUCAGCCCCGCCUCUGUGUCCAGGCAGCCAUUUGUCCAGAAACUGGUCCACACACGUGGCGGGAAAACGGUCGAGUUGAAGAUAUACGACACUCUGGGCCAGGAGCGAUACCGAAGUUUGACGCGGUCCUAUUUCCGUGACGCCCAGUGCUGUCUCGUUUGCUUUGACGUCAACAAUCCAAGCUCGUUCGAACAUUUAAUCGAGUGGAUGAAUGACAUAAACAAAUACAUCGGAGACAAUCAUGAAAGCAGAACAGCGAAGCUCAUUGUCGGCAUUGCCCGACAGACAAUGUCCUCUUACGACGUGCCCAACGGGUUGUGUCCGCGGACCAGUGUUCACUACUGUCAACCAGUAACGCAUGACCGCGCGGAACUUUUUGCCACUCAGUAUAACGUUCCGUACAAGUUUGUAAACAUACAUGAUGAUGAUGAUGUUGCGAUGUGUUUUGAAGCGGUUGUUGAACAGAAAGUACAGGAACUAGAUAAAGAGGAUGCAUGUUUAACUCUUGGGCAAGACUCUGUAGACUUGAGACCAGGAAGGAAUGGUCGUCAGUCAUCAUGUUGCUGAUCUACCAUUAUAUGGUAGUGGAUUUUUAAUAGUGAAGUUUUUUUCUGAACGAAUUAUUGAUGUUAUUGGCGACAUUUGUGUUUUUGGUGCUUUUUGGUGAACAAAUGCCGAAAUAUAACUCCACAUAUUCCGUAUUCUUACCGUUCGGUAAGCAUUUUAAUAUUGUGCUUCUCUGGAAUAAUUAUUAUUAUUUUUCAGUAACAUCAGGAACUCACUUACUGUAACAUGUGAACUCAGGUAAUGUUAGGAACUCACUUACAUGUUCUAUUAGGGCUUUUUCAUCAUGAUCAUCAUUAUGUGCUCAUUUAAAGCUGCAUUCUCACAGAUUUACCGUUUUGAAAACUUUGAAAAUAAUUGUCUUGGAAUAAGCCAAAUUUUGCGUAAAUGUCUGGAAACCAGUGAUACAAGACUGUUGACAAAAUAUCAGGUUCGGUUAUUUAUAUUAAUGUUUGACAAUUGCUAUUUUAUGGCCAAAUGCGUUACUAACGGUUUCAAAAAAAAAAGAGUUUUUCGGCAUUUUCAAAACAAUUGAGAUUUGUUAUAUUGUGAGUUAUCGUAUAUGACUGAAUUGAAGGUAUUGAUACUAAAAUCAGCUGAUUCUGAGACAAAAACUAAAAAAAUGUCAAAACUGUCAAUCUGUGAUAGGGUAGCUUUAAAACAGUAAUUAUAUAAUAUUGUAUUAUACAUUGAUCUCUCUCUGUGAUAUAGGGAUGACUUGUCGUUAGCAAUUUUCAGUCUCUGUGGUAUUUCGUGACAUUAGUUUAAACUUGUAUAUUUUACAACGAUUGUGAAACAAAGUUAUUACAGCAUUAUAUUAAUCACUCUCGUUGGCACGAUUUUACGCGAGAGUGCGGUCUUGUGUUGUUGGGGAAAGCGGAGUACCCGGAGGAAACCUAUUUGUCCAGCCUGGCGACCACAAACCAAACUCGCAUGCGCCCAGGGAGGGAAACGAACCCAGGCAGCCUAGCGCGUGCGUUAACCACUCCGCUAACCGGACAACCUUCGUAAUUACAUGAUAAACUAAAACUUAAACAUACAAUACUAGUUAUGAUGAAGAAAUGAAACAUAUUUGAAGUCAAAAUUUUACAGAUAUCGUAAUGCCUUUAUAGAGAAACAUUAGAAUAAUAAAAGUUGGUUAACUUACUAUUCUUUGAUACAGCAAUUUUAUUGAAAGUACUGUAUGACUGAUAUGUUAAAGAUGCACUCUUACUCCCAAAUAAGAUUUAACACAAUUUAUACAUAUGUUUUACCAUACCAGAAAGGAUGGAUAAAUGUCGAAAAGAAUGGUUUUAAUGGGGAUAGUAAGUAUGAUUUGAAGGAAAAGUGCAGAAAACACUGUAAUUCUACCCUAUGAGACGAUAGUAGAUCGCAGUAAAUCGUUUAGCACUCACCAAUCAUUUAAUAAUUUUGCGUUUUCAUAUAUUAAAUACACAAAUACAAUCUUGUUAUCAGUUAUUAAUAGUUUCCAUAAAUGCAUUAAUUAGUAAGUAUUAAGUAGUUAAAGGAUUCUUACUAACAAUUUAUGUUUGUUAUGCAUGUGUAUGUAUGAUUUUGAAUAAGAGUGUCACUUCAACAUUUAUAUUCAGAACAUAUCCAAUUUUGUAUUUGACUACGGUCAAUUUCAACAUUGUGCGUUUUACAAUUUAUUUAAGUGAUUCUGAUCUCGAACUAUUCCUAUUAAUUGUAAAAUUUAAAAUGUAAAAAAAAUCAAAAAAAAUCAUGAGAACUAAAAUAACAUUAUGUAUAAAUAACUCUGAAUGCUUCCAACUGCCAUGAUAGUUCAUUGACUCUGGCUCUCUACUAAGGCAUGGUAAACGUUGCAAUAUUCCAUGUCAAAUAUAUUGAUUCAAUAAAAAAUGUAUACGAACUAAAACAAAAUAUUUGUUUAAUAACUGCAAUUUAUUUAGUCAAUUAGAUUGAACAGGUAUUUUUUUAUCAUGUGUCAUACACAUUUGUCCAUUUUUAGGUUAAUAAAUAUUUUUGAGCCAAUAAAUUCUUUUUUUUUUCAACAAAUACUCUUUGAGAUCUAGACCAUAAGUAUGUUUUUAAUAAAUAUAUUGCAAUUAUAGAACACAUAUUUUCUUAGUUGAGUUCGUAUAUUUCUUUAUGCAAUAAAUAUAUUUGACAUAGAACAUUGCAAGGGUUUAUUACGCCAAACUCUCUUUGUAUUUAUGUGGCAACAAUUAAGCAUUCUUUUUUUUCACUGGCAAUUUACUUUUUAAAAAAAUGUAUUGUGAAAAAUUUUGUAAUGUAAGAAAUCUAUAUAUAUGAGCCAUUUCCACAACGCAGCACAUAAUCGGUUUCGUAGUAAACAGUUGGAUUGACGACUUCAAACUUAAAAAACGCUGAAAGAUAUUUCAUAACUAACUGGAAAAUUGAAACUCGGGUCAUUCGAAACAUCGGUUCCCUCGAGGUUUCAGCUCGGACCUCGGCGUCCUCGUGCGAAAGCAGUUUUACUGUAUGUAAUAUUAAUUUGUUAGCCUCUAUGUGAUAUUUUAGUUGAUAUGACCUCUUUUAUCCAUGUAUGCAUUGGAAUGAGGGAAAGUUGACCAGGGCAAGUAUUCAAUAUUUUUUUUGUAAUACUUUUUAUGUGAAGGCCAUGCUGGAAAUAAGUAGUAUGUCUGUAAUGAUUGUACACUUAGUAUGUAACCUUCGUUGAAUA